UUUUUAAAAAAAUUAUUGUUAGGUGCAGCAAUUGUAUAGGUACUGGGCAAGUGAAGUGCCAUACUUGUAAAGGCAAAGGGAAGCUGAAACAUUUCCUCAUGUUAAUUGUUACUUGGAAAAACCAUGCAAGUGAUUUUAUUUCGGAUACUUCAAAGUUACCUAAAGAGCUGAUUUUAGAAGUUAGCGGAAGAGAGUUAUUUAAAGAGCAACAGACAAAAGUUUAUCCUGUCAACCAUUGUCCAGACCCUGCUGUAAACCAAGCGUCACAGACGUUACUAAUGCAGCACCAAUGUUCUUUUCCCAAUGAGCUUAUUCGAAUGCAGAAACAAACUUUGAGAGCGGUUCCUUUAACCAUUGCAAAUUAUUCUUGGAAAGAUCGAGAAGGUGAAUUCUAUGUGUUUGGAUUCCAGAACAAAGUAUAUUUUGAAAAAUAUCCGCAGAAAUGCUGCUGCUGUACUUGUUUCUAAUUUAAUAGAAUUAUGUAUGUACAUAAACAAUGUUUCUUAGCUAUAAAGAAACUUAAACAAUAGGUACUAGACUUUGAAAAAAAUAUUUUUCUUAAUAAAUAAAAUCGAAAUAAUAAAUAAAAUUACCGAUAUUACUUUCAUCAAGAACAAGUUUUUACUUUGAUGGAAUUAAUAAUUUCAUUAAAGUCAGCUUCAGUAAAAAAAUUUCAGCACUGCUAUGAUGCUGCCCUCUAUAUUAAUGAAUAGGAAAUUAAAGCAACUGACAAAUAGAAAAUUUACUUUUCAAUAAUUACUAUAAAUGAAUAAAAUAAAAUUAAAAAAUAACUUUCUUCAUCAAUUUUGAGUAUUUUUUUGUUAUAAAAUUCGAAUAUUUUAUAUCCCAAUUUUUGUUGUGAUGGUUUAUAAAGUAAUUUUUUUUUUAAAAAAAAAGGUUGAAACAUAAGUAACUGCAUUCAACUCACACUAAUAGUACAAUGCAUUAAAAAAAUUUUGCAUGCAUAUUUAAAUAUUGAAUGUCUCAUUAAUGAUCCUAAAUUAAAAAAAAAUCUAAACGGAAUGUAAUGA